UGGAUAUGGCCGACAUAAGAUCAUUUACACGUAAAUCCUGGGCAUGUGUCUGUGGAGUAUUGCUGGUUCUCACCGCGCUUUUAUACUCGGCGUGGGUCACUGACUCCGCCCCCAAGGUCCCGUUUGGAAGGUACUGGGAGCCCAACGUGUCUGAGAAAGUGCCAUGGUGGGACAGCGGCGACUGCAGCGGCGAAGGACAGAACACCUCUCCCUCAGAAGGCAACACAAUCUCCAAGAAUGGCACUGUGGGCGGCACUUGUGGGCGUAGGGCUUGGGCGGCUGGCGGCGGGCAACGGGUGGUGUCCCUCUCCCUCUAUGGCGACAGGGCGGAGUACUGGCUUGGGCUAGACACCUUACUGACUCAGGUGAGAAGGCAUUACCCAGGUUGGAAAGUGCGGCUGUACACGGACGCUCGUUGGCGGAGGGGCGUGCUGUGCCCUAUGCUCCGCGACCACGCCCACUUCUACGUGUGCGACGUGGAGGACCUUCCGCCCCCGCUGGGGGACGUAUCCGCUAUUCACCCGACAAUGUGGAGGACGCUGCCGCUCGGGGAAAGCCAGGUGGCGGCGAUGGUCGUGCGGGACACAGAUUCCCCGAUCUCGUCGCGAGAAGCAGCGGCCGUGGAACAGUGGCUCGCAUCGAACAAAACCUUCCACGUUAUGAGAGAUCACCCUCAGCACGACACCACAAUCCUCGCAGGCAUGUGGGGCGCCCGUUGGGAGAACCUGCCUGCUCCCCGCGUGGCAGAGUUGGCUCAGGUGCGCCGCAGGAUGCUCGAGCGAGGACGAGGAAAGUCGCACAGUGGCGUCGACCAGGAGAUCCUGAAUAAGGUUUUGUGGCCAGUGGCGAAGGGCAGGAUGGUGAGUCACGACAGCUACCUUUGCCAGAAAUAUCCUCACUCGCUUCCUUGGCCGACGCAGCGAGAGGCCGGGUUCUUUGUAGGGGCGCCGAGCUUCCGCCCCAAAUAUUCGACGUCCUCGCUGACGCGGCCGUGCCCGGAGGCGUGUCGGCCGCCGCGCCACAAGGACUGGACCUACUGCUGACUGACACGCACACGCACAAACACACGCACGCACGCACGGACACGAGCGCACACACAAACACACACACACACACACACACACACACACACACACACACACACACACACACACACACACACACAUA